AAUAACAGCUCCACAUAUACGCCCGCGGGAAUGGUGGCAACUGCGAGACAAUGAACUCACAUCGGCAUUUCAUCAAACAGUUGAUAGGCAGGACAAAGAGCCUCCCUCUGCUCUCCGUUGCUAUCUCAUUGCAGCUCAGAAUAUGCCUCCCAUUCUCUUCAUCGGCAACGCCCACCGGUACACCAAUCCAAACUCAUCCAAAGAAAAGCCUCCACACCUCCUUUUUCUGCACACUUGUCCAUCUAUUCCUUCGCUGCCAUCGCCUUUCCAGAGCCACGGAAACGUUCUCUUCAAUGAGAAAUUACAAUCUUGUCCCUGACCUUCCUUCAUGGAAUCGUCUCUUGCAUCAUUUCAAUUCUGCAGGUCUGGUUGAUCAGGUAAUUGUCCUUUAUUCUGAUAUGCUUGCUUGUGGAGUCGCUUCUAAUGUGGUUACUCGCAAUAUAGUCGUGCAUUCGCUUUGCAAAGUUGGGAAACUGGAAAAAGCGCUUGAAUUACUUAGAGAGAACGAAAGUGACACUGUUACUUAUAACACUUUGAUAUGGGGGUUCUGCAGAAUUGGGUUUGUUGAAAUGGGUUUUGGAUUGGUGUCUGAUAUGUUAAAGAAGGGUAUUUUCAUAGACACUAUCACUUGUAAUAUAUUAAUUAAGGGGUUUUGUGAUAAGGGUCUUUUGUAUAAUGCAGAAUCGGUGAUGGAAAUGUUGAGUGAUAAACAUAGGGGCGUUUGUAAAGACGUUGUCGGUUUUAACACUCUGAUUCAUGGAUAUUGUAAGGCUGUUGAGAUGAGUGGUGGAUUUGAGAUGAUGGAGAGGAUGAAAAGAGAAGGUUUAUCACCUGACAUUGUUACAUAUAAUACUCUGAUUAAUGGUUUCGGCAUAAUGGGAGAUUUUGAUGCUGCAAAUUGUAUCAUGGAUGAGCUCUUGGACUCUAAUGAAAAUGUGAAUGUUAGUUAUGUCAGUGAUGAAGAAAAACAUGACUAUGAUGAUGGUGAAAAUAAGGGGCUGGUAGUAGGAGACUUGGGUUUAGAACCAAAUACUAUUACAUACACCACAUUGAUUAGUAAAUAUGUUAAGUGGUUUCAGUUUGAGAAAGCAUUUGCUACAUAUGAAGAAAUGACAAGGCUUGGCUUCUUCUAUGACAUUGUUACUUAUAAUUCCCUUAUAUAUGGUCUUUGUAAAAAUGAACGGUUUCAUGAGGCCAAAUUACUUCUUGAUGAGAUGAGAAGAGUGGGUGUGGAUCCUAAUCACGUGACAUACUCUAUUUUUAUUCAUCACUUGUACAAAAAUAAGGCCGAAAAGGUUGCUGCUAACUUCCAAAGUCAAAUAGUGAUUAGAGGAGUGCCUUUCGAUGUUGUCUUGUUUACCUCUUUGAUAAAUGGGCUUUUUAAAAUUGGAAAAUCCAGGGAGGCAAAAGACGUGUUUCAGACACUCUUGAAGUCUAACAUAACUCCAAAUCAUAUUACCUAUACUGCAUUGGUUGAUGGGCACUGCAAAUCUGGUGACUUAAAGAGUGUAGAGAUUUUACUGCAACAAAUGGAACAGAAAGGUGUUUUACCAAAUGUUGUCACAUUCUCUUCUGUAAUUAAUGGUUAUGCCAAAAGUGGAAUGGUUGAGGCAGCUAUUGAAAUUAUGAGGAAAAUGGUAAGCAUAAAUGUUAACCCUAAUGUUUUCACAUAUAAUACCCUGAUUGAUGGCUGCUUUAAGGCUGGUAAACAUGAUAUGGCUCUUGCUCUGUAUGAGGAAAUGCAGUCGAAUGGUGUUGAGGAAAAUGAAUUCUUGUUAGAUACAUUUUUGAAUAAUUUGAAAAAACUGGGUAAAAUGGAUGAAGCUGAGGCCAUUUUUAUGGAUAUGGUAUCUAAGGGUUUGUCACCCGAUCAUGUGAAUUACACAUCAUUGAUGGAUGGACUCUUCAAAAAAGGGAAGGAGUCAGAUGCUCUUCAAUUGGUCGAAGAGAUGAAAGAGAAAAAAAUAUGCUUUGACACAAUAGCAUGCAAUGUACUUCUUAACGGAUUAUUGGGAAUUGGUCAGUAUGAGGUACAGUCUGUUUAUGCUGAAAUUAGAAAACUUGGUCUAGUUCCAGAUAUUCAAACUUUCAAUUCUUUAAUUGAUGCUUACUGCAAAGAGGGGAAGCUGGAAAGUGCUGUCAAAGUCUGGGUAGAAAUGAAGAGCAGUGGGAUAAUGCCUAAUUCAAUCACUUGUAAUAUAUUGGUGAAGGGACUUUGUGAAGUAGGUGAUAUUGAAAAAGCAAUGGAUUUGUUAGCGGAUGUGGUGACAAUUGGUUUUCGUCCUUCACCAGCUAUUCACAAAAUUGUUCUCGAUGCUGCUUCAGGCCAUACAAGAGCAGAUAUAAUCCUGAGAAUGCAUGAGCGGCUUGUAGGCAUGGGACUUAAGCUUGAUCAGACUGUUCACAACACUCUUAUUGCUGUUUUAUGCAAGCUUGGGAUGACCAGAAAGGCAAUGUCAGUACUAGAAAACAUGAGAGAAAGAGGAUUUUCAGCUGAUACUACCACUUAUAAUGCCUUCAUACGUGGAUAUUGCAAAAGUUACCAAUUCCAAAAGGUUUUUGCAACAUAUUCUGAGAUGCUGGCUAAAGGAGUUCCUCCUAAUGUUGCAACAUACAACACUAUGUUAGCAUCUCUGUCAGCCGUUGGACUGAUGAAUGAAGCAGCUGAUUUGUUCAAUGAAAUGAAGGGAAGGGGUUUUGUCCCUAAUGCUAAUACAUAUGACAUUUUAGUCUCUGGCCAUGGGAAAAUUGGAAAUAAAAAGGAAUCCAUCAAACUUUACUGUGAGAUGAUUACAAAAGGUUUUGUUCCUCGCACUAGUACCUAUAAUGUACUCAUCUUUGACUUUGCAAAGGCAGGAAAAAUGAGACAGGCCCAGGAACUAAUGCACGAGAUGCAAGUCAGAGGGGUAAUACCAAAUUCUUCAACAUAUGACAUACUAUUAGUUGGAUGGUGCAAGCUAUCAAAAAGGCCAGAGCUUGAAAGGUCAUUGAGACUAUCAUGCCGGAGUGAGGUAAGAAAGUUACUUGAAGAGAUGAAAGAUAAAGGUUUCACUCCAAAAGAAACCACCCUUUGUUAUAUCAAUCCUGGGUUUUCAAAAUCGGGAGAAAAUGAUACAGAAUGGUGGUUGAACAGAUGGCACAAGACAAAGCAGAGUUGAUUCUUGAAAAAAUAAGAAGUUUCUUAACGAUGGAAUUUCUAUUAUUUUUUUGGUUUCUCUCUUGAAACAUCAGGUUAAGUUAUGUGGAUGAGAGAACCGAGCAGAUGAGAAGAAACAAAUAAUGCAAAGGACCUGAAGAAAAAGGAGAGAAAUCAGGACAUUUAUAUCUGCUUUUCAAGAAUUUUCAGCCAACAUGAUGAGAGCUUGAAGCAAAGUUUCGAGGAAAAGUCUGCAGUUGAAGCUAAAUGCCAGAACAUGUAUGAACCAUUGAAUACAGUGAGAGAUGUUUCAAUUUUUGGCGGACUGCAUUGAAGACUAAGAUAUUCACAGAGGAGAUCUUACAGCAUGAUGAAGACACUUUGAAUUACCUCAAGAUAUCAAGUGGUGCUGGAUUGUUGAUCUAAAGGGUUAUAAGUUUCACUUCUUUCUUUGAUACAUAACCUUUUCUCAAGAGUCCUGUCUUUACUAAAACCUAUCACAUGAUUGAUGAUGAUGAGCGUAAAUUGGAGAAGGCCUUAUGGACCGACAUUUGAAUGGUACUAUCCAAGUAAAGGCAUGCCUCACAAGAUCCUAAAAGGGAAUUCAAAGAAGGGGUCAAAAGAUGCUAAACCUAUAAUCAGGACCGGUACCUGCAAAAAAAAAUUCAAUACCUUUCAUCCACCACAAAUUGGCAAAGAUGAUGAUGACAAUAAUGAAGAUGUUGUAGAUUCAACAGCUUUUAUGCUAUGUUGCCGUACCCGUAUCAGAUACUCAAAAAAUGCACUACUUUUGGAGGAUUUGACACAGACCUGUCUAUAUUUCUGAAGAGUUAGAGCAACAAAGCUAUGAUUUUGUUCAAUUACGCUGUAGGUGAUUCAGAAUUUUUGCCUUUAUUAUUUGGGUGUGCUGAUAGUUUUUUUGGUCUGUCCAUAUGAUAUUUCCAAUUGUCCUUUUAGUCAUCAUCACUAAAGAUGAGACGAAUGUCUUUUGUGGAAUUUUUCUAAGGUGAACGAUGGAAAUUGCCUGUUGUUUUUCUUUUAGUAUGUUACUUAUGUUUGUUUAUUCAACAUAACCGUAGAAGAGUGCCAUAGCAUAAUUUGAAGAAGGUCAGCAUGGAGAAUGUCCUCCAAAGUGCAAACAGCAGUUUGUAUUUUGCCCGAUAGCUGGUUGAAGAAAUGGAAUGAAAAUUGUGGCAUUUGGUUUCCCAUCUUUGAGCUUCUGCAACUCAGUUUUGUGGCCUUCAGCUAAUGAGUUACAUCAGCUCUUACAAUGCCGGCAUCAGUUAGUUUUCUUGGACUCGGACUCGUUCUCAGCACAGGCUCCACACAGCUAGUCGUUUAUUUAUUAUACAGCUCAGUGAACAUUCUUUCUUUCUUGUUAAAAUUAUUAGAUGUGACAGAUCAUGAAAUUUUCUUGAUGAUCUUUAGUGCUUUCCCAUCAAUAAAGAGAAUUUCAG